GAAACCCUUGUGCGAAGAACACACAGAACCUGAAAAGAUUCCUGAAGUUGAAUCUAUCAUUUUCUUUGUGCAAAGGUUUUAUGUAAAACCCUUGAUAGCGCUUCGUGCAUGAUCUCGGCCUCUAACAAACUAUGACGAGAAGAGCUCCAGCAAUCAUCGAUGCUCAAAGGCUUUCCCUCUUUUUGAAGUGUGUAGUCAUUUCCGCUCUAUUUCUCGUGGCAGAUGAGAUAAAAGCUGCGGCCGGGAGCGAAUUAGAGGCAGAGGCUGGUGAUGGUAAUAAAGGAGUGGUCGGCCCUCAUCGUCUGCAAAUGCAGGCGUCUGCCUCAGUCCGGAGGAGGCUACUGCAGUCCCCUGACGGUGACCAAGGGGGAGAUAUGAACAGAAUUGGGGGCGAGUGCUCAAAGGACGAUGUCGCCAUUUAUCAGGGCCCCACUGAACCGCUCCCAGACGGGGUGCCAACGUACACAGUCCAGAUCUUGAACGUGUGCGCCUCAGACUGCAGCAUAUCCGACAUCCAUGUCUCGUGCGGUUGGUUCAGCUCGGCUUGGCUCGUCAACCCGAGUGUCUUUCGGCGCAUCUACUAUGAUGACUGCCUCGUCAAUGACGGCAAUGCAUUGGGCCCUGGGGACGGCAUCUCCUUCCAGUACGCCAACAGCUUCCCUUAUCCUUUAUCUGUAUCUGCCGUCUCUUGCUAAUGACACUGAUAUGUAAGCGCAAGAUUAUCAUGUAAAUCAAUGGUUUUGAUUGAGCUAAGACGAUGGGUUGACAUUGCCCGUACUAGUGCGUUGAUUUUAACAUCAUCCACUUUAGUAAUUAGUUUGUACCGGAAAUAUCAUGUUUGUAUAAAUGAACUAACCUAUCACGUUAGAUGAAUGUUUUUAACUCAUAACUUCUGGAUUUACUUUGCAAUUGUUUUAACCGGUCCAGAGACUGAUUUGAAAAUUUCUGAAAAGUUGAUAAAAUUAUUUUUGCAAACUAAGAACUAACCGUAGGCUGAUCGGAAGCGUUCAAGCAGAUCCGAAAACAUGUGUCAUCUUAGAUCUGUCACAAAAAAUACAUAUGGCAACAGAACUCUGAAAGCUUUGCUAUCAUCUAUCACCUUAGAUCAAGCGGAAAAGAGUAUGGAGACAUUUAUUUAAUGACGUCACCAAAGAUACUACUCUAGCGAUGCGACAAAGAGGCGUUACCAUAGAACCAAGGCUAUGAAGAUGCUUAUUUAAUGAUGUCGCAAAAUAUUCUACUUCCGCAACGCUACAAAGAGGCGUCACCAUAGAAUCAGAUCUAAGGAAACGCCUAUUUAGUGACGUCACCAUAGAUAUAUAUUUUGACGAUGUGACGAUAUGGCGUCACCAUAGAACCAGAUUACAGUGACAACUGGGAAAGGAUCAUCACCUUAGAUGUAAUAAAAGUGACGCAUCCGAAGUUUGUGUCUCCUUAAACUUUGACUUUAGGCGACACCUAUGUUACCAUCACCAAAGAGUUGGUUUAUGGAGACGCCGCUUUAGCUCGCGUCUCCUAAUACUUAAGUUUUGGAGACGUGAAUUUUACGUUGUCACAAUAGGUUGACUUUAUGAGACAAUAUAGGAGUUGCGUCACCUGAAACAAAAGGCUCUGGAAACGAAAGGUCAUUUUGAGUCACCUACGAUUUCUCAUUUCUUUCAUUGCUUUGUUUUCCCAACAUUUUCUUCAUUUUCUAAUUUCAUAU